AUAUAUAAUUAUUAUAUAUAUAUAUAUAAUAUAUAUAUAUCCAUCCAUUUGUUUGACCCACCUUCUCAACAAUUCUCCUUCUCCUUACUAUCCACCACACAAAUUUCCUUGGCAAAUUUUAUCGCUCUCCUUGGUGCGUGAACCCCGCCCCUUCCCCCUCUCUUUAUGCAUGCUUCUUUCUAGCUCUGUGCACCAUGGACAGCUGGGCCACCGGUCAUGGUAUCUUGAAACUAUCGAUUGUGAUCCUCUUCAUUGCUCACUUCACCGCUUGUCAAGUUGCAGUUAAGGCGGUGGUAGCUGAGGCAUCAUCAUCACCAACCCGAGAAUAUAAGCCCGUAGCCGUUGGGCCAACCGAGUAUCGCGUGCUUCAAGGCAAAGCUGAUGAUGCACGGCGGAAGCUUGCUCCUUUCCAGCUGUGCUUGCUGUGCAAGUGCUGCACCACCAGCGCCGCCUCCACCUGUACCACCAUGCCUUGCUGCUUUGGCAUCGACUGCCAGCUUCCUAACAAGCCCUUCGGAGUCUGUGCUUUUGUACCCAAGACUUGCAACUGUAAUUCCUGCUCUGCCUAAUUUGGCAAUGCCAAGUGAAGAAUCCAAUACAAGUUUACUCCAAUUCCGAAUCCAAAUGUUAUAGUUAGGAACUGUACAAGUAGUUUUUUUUUUUAUAAAAAGAAUUUUCUUCCUCUUCCAAAUUCCAAAAAGCUUGAUGGAAAAAGGUUGGGAACUUGUAAUUGUACACUUCAAGCCGCAGCUCCUUGUGGUUCAACUCAACAUGUAGUAGCAUGAUUCGUGGUUG